AUGAUUCCAAAAUUGUUAUUUGCCAAAUGUUUGGAAACUGAUACAAAAGAUGAAACAAUAUCUAACGAAUUAAAAACAUUUUUCAAUACAAAAGUUAUACCCUUGAGUAAUAUCCUCUUUGUUACUACUGACGGUGCUACGGCAAUGGUAGGACGACACCGAGGCUUUCUGGCAUACUUGAAACAAGCUAAACUGAAUAUAUUAUCUGUACAUUGUGUCAUUCACCGACACCAUUUAGUCGCCAAAAACCUUAGUGAACGAUUGCACGGCUCAUUAGAUUAUGUCAUUCGGGCAUUUCCAAAUCUUUUAAAAUUGAAAAAACGAGAUGAUGAUUUGCAUGUUUAUUGUCAACACAUAACGGCUCUUCAUUCUGACCUCAGCCAAAGAUUUGAAGAUAUUCUUCACUUGGGCAUCCCCAAUUGGGUGUUGGAUCCUUUUGCAAGUAGACCCACAAACUCAGAUGAAGCCAUACUAAUAUAG